UCUUAUAUAUAUGACCAUUGAGAAACCAAUAUGGAAUCACAUAUAGAAUUGUUUUUUUGACUGUGUCAGGUUUGAUUAGUAUCACUUGGAGAAAUUUGAGGCAUACUUAUCCUUGCCGGGUAGCAGUGAGUGCUGGUGGCUGUGAUAUCAGAAAUGGGAGUGGCCGUGAUCGGAGGUGGGAUCCGAGGGCUGGUUUCGGCCUACGUUCUGGCCAAAGCUGGAGUCAACGUCGUGGUUUAUGAGCAAGAAGAGCAACUUGGUGGCCAUGCCAAGACUGUUACCUUUGAUGGCAUUGACUUAGACCUUGGUUUAUUGUUUCUCAAUCCUGCAAGGUAUCCAACAAUGUUGGAGUUGUUUGAUAGCCUUGGAGUUGAUGUGGAAGCAUCUGAUGUUUCAUUCUCUGUAAGCCAUGACAAAGGUAAUGGCUAUGAGUGGUGCAGCCAAUAUGGCUAUUCAAACCAGUUUGCACACAAGAGGAAAAUGUUGAAUCCUUACAAUUGGCCAGACCUCAGAGAAAUUACCAAGUUCGGGAAUGAUGUCAACAGUUACCUUGAAUCACUUGAGCACAAUCCAGACAUUGAUCGAAAUGAAACCUUGGGGCAGUUUAUAAAUUCUAAGGGUUACUCUGAAAAUUUUAAGAACUCUUAUCUGGCUCCCAUAUGUGGUUCAGUAUUGUCCUGCUCCCAGGAAGAGGUUAUGGGCUUUUCAGCCUUCUCCAUUCUUUCAUAUUGUCGCAAUCAUCAUUUGUACCAGCUAUUUGGGAAUCCACAGUGGUUAACUAUCAGAAGCCACUCAUAUUUUGUUAAAAAGGUCAGAGACAUGCUGGAGAGUAGAGAUUGUCAAUUUAAACUUGGUUGUGAAGUAAAUUCUGUUUUGCCUGCUGAUAAUGGUAUCACCAUAGUCUGUGGAGAUGGUUUCCAAGAAACGUACAAUGGAUGCGUAAUAGCUGUUGAUGCUCCCACAGCCCUAAGAAUAUUAGGAAACCAAGCAACAUAUGAAGAAAAGAGAGUACUGGGUGCAUUCCAAUAUGCUUCCAGUGAUAUUUUCCUUCACAGUGACAGCAAUUUAAUGCCCAAGGACAGAUCAGCUUGGAGUGCAAUGAAUUUUCUCCGAAGUAGAGAAAAUAAAGCAUGCUUAACAUACUGGCUGAAUGUGCUACAGAAUGUUGGGAAACCAAGUCAGCCAUUUUUUGUGACUCUCAAUCCAGACCGUACCCCAGGCAAUACCUUGCUUAAGUGGUCGACUGGCCAUCCAAUUCCCACUGUUGCUGCAUCAAAAGCUUCACUUGAGCUUAAUCAAAUUCAGGGGAAGAGAGGAAUCUGGUUCUGUAGCUAUGACUUCCAUGAGGAUGAAUUAAAGGCUGGUGUCGAUGCUGCACAUGGUAUCCUGGGAAAGCAUUCUUCUGUUCUGGACAGUCCAAAGCAUAUGUCACCCUCUUUCAUGGAAACAACGGCACGUCUUUUUGUUACUAAAUUCUUUCAACAAUUUAUACAACUGGGCUGCGUAAUUUUCUUAGAGGAAGGAGGCAGAAUUCUCACUUUCAAAGGAAGCAUGGAAAAGUGUCCUCUUAAAACAGUUCUGAAAGUGCACAAUCCUCAGUUUUACUGGAGGAUUAUGAAAGAAGCUGAUAUAGGCCUUGCAGAUGCAUAUAUCAAUGGAGAUUUUUCUUUCGUUGAUAAAGAAUCAGGUCUUCUUAAUCUUUUCCGGAUACUAAUUGCCAAUAAAGAGUUGAACUCUUCUGCCUCAGGACAGAAUAAAAGAAGGACUUGGUGGUCACCUGCACUGGUCACUGCUGGUAUAGCAUCUGCAAAGUAUUUCUUGAAGCAUCUCUUGAGGCAAAAUACUAUUACACAGGCUCGCAGGAACAUUUCUCGUCAUUAUGAUCUGAGUAAUGGACUUUUCACUCUAUACUUGGGUGAAACAAUGCAAUACUCUUCUGGAAUUUUUCAGACGGGAGAAGAACAUCUGGACGUUGCACAGCGCAGAAAAAUCAGUUCUCUAAUUGAAAAAUUGAGAAUAGAGAAGUGGCAUGAAGUUCUCGACAUUGGAUGCGGUUGGGGAAUCUUAGCUAUUGAAACUGUCAAAAGAACAGGAUGCAAAUACACUGGCAUCACUCUAUCAGAGGAGCAACUGAAAUUUGCAGAAGAAAAAGUGAAGGAAGCUGGACUUCAGGGAAACAUCAAAUUUCUUCUCUCCGACUAUCGCCAGUUACCCAAGACGAACAAAUAUGACAGAAUCGUAUCUGUUGAGAUGGUAGAACAUGUUGGUGAAGAAUAUAUUGAGGAGUUUUUCAGAUGCUGUGACUCAUUAUUGGCAGAGAAUGGGCUUUUUGUCCUUCAGUUCAUAUCAAUUCCAGAGGUACUUUCCAAAGAAAUCAAGCAAACAGCAGGUUUUCUGAAGGAAUAUAUCUUCCCUGGUGGAACCCUUCUUUCUCUAGAUAGGACUUUAACUGCCAUGGCUAAUGCAUCAAGAUUCAGUGUGGAGCAUGUGGAAAAUAUAGGAAUUAGUUAUUACCACACCCUGAGAUGGUGGAGAAAAAAUUUCCUGGCAAAUGAAAGCAAAGUUCUGGCUCUGGGGUUCGAUGAGAAGUUCAUGCGGACAUGGGAAUACUAUUUUGAUUACUGUGCAUCUGGUUUUAAGACAGGCACCCUCAUAGAUUACCAGGUUGUAUUUUCAAGGGCUGGCAAUUUCACUGCACUUGGUGAUCCAUACAUUGGUUUCCCUUCAGCAUAUUCUUUUUUGGAUAAUUGAAAUGGUUUUCAUUCAUCCAAAGAAGCAUAUCGAUACAACCAGCAUCAAACUGCUGGCCUAUGUUUAAGAUCCUCUCUCCCUACUUAGUUUAUAUAUGCUUUUGUUGUAAGGCAAGGAACAGAAGCAAAUAAUGUUUGGUUGUACUUGGUACACUCAAAUGGAUAUUAUGUAUGAAAUCUCUCAAGUCUUGUUGGAAACUUGACAAUUUGAGGUAAAAUGCAUGCUGAAUGUGUCUCAAGAUUUGGGUGUCAUGUCUUUUUAUACCAU